AUGGUACCUCCCGCCUCCCCCCAUUUCUCUCAGUGCGUCCAGGAGAAGCUGAGCCUCAUCCACGGCUUCCUGCAGGCCGAGGUGCAGCUGCAGCUCAGCGAGCUCGAGGCCAAACUGCGCCGCGAGGAGCUCUCCGAGGAGCGCUACCUGGCCAAGGUGAAGGCGCUGCUGCGCCAGGAGCUCUCGGCCCCCAAUGGCUCCGGGGGCCCCAACCCCAACGGGUGCCCCGGGCACGGCGCCUCCGGCAGCGACGAGGACGAGGACGGCGCCAUGGAGCUCGAGGAGGGGCUGGCAGCGUCCUCGUCCCCGUCCUGCUCCGGCCCCCGGGCGCGGAAAUCCCGCAGGAGCCGCUCCAACGGCGACGCCAAAAAGUCUCCGGCCAGCUCCCGCGUCACCCGCAGCUCCGGCCGGCAGCCGUCCAUCCUCAGCUUCCUGUCCAAAGGGUCCAACAAGCGGAAAUCCGAGGAGGUCAACGGGGAGGUGAAGCCGGAGCUGAUGAACGUGGAGAAGGAGGAGGAGGAGCUGGAGGAGAAGGAUCAAGAUGAGAAAAGGAUGAAAAUGGAAACCAAAGAUGGGUCGGAAAUCAAAGAUGAAAUCCCUCAGUUUAAAAUCACUGCUCCUGCUAAAACAACCCCCCCAAAAUGCCUCGACUGCCGGCAGUACCUGGAUGACCCCGACCUCAAAUUCUUCCAAGGGGACCCCGACGACGCCCUGGAGGAGCCGGAGAUGCUGACGGACGAGCGCUUGUCCAUCUUCGACGCCAACGAGGACGGCUUCGAGAGCUACGAGGACCUCCCCCAGCACAAAGUCACCUCCUUCAGCGUUUAUGACAAGAGGGGACAUCUCUGUCCCUUCGACACCGGCCUCAUCGAGAGGAACAUCGAGCUCUACUUCAGCGGCGUCGUCAAACCCAUCUACGACGACAACCCCUGCCUGGACGGUGGGGUGAGAGCCAAGAAGUUGGGGCCCAUCAACGCCUGGUGGAUCACGGGCUUCGACGGCGGCGAGAAGGCGCUGAUCGGCUUCAGCACGGCCUUUGCCGACUACAUCCUGAUGGAGCCGAGCGAGGAGUACGCGCCCACCUUCGCGCUGAUGCAGGAGAAGAUCUACAUGAGCAAGAUCGUGGUGGAGUUCCUGCAGAACAACCGCCACGUCAGCUACGAGGACCUGCUCAACAAGAUCGAGACCACGGUGCCGCCGGCGGGGCUCAACUUCAACCGUUUCACGGAGGACUCGCUGCUGCGGCACGCGCAGUUCGUGGUGGAGCAGGUGGAGAGCUACGACGAGGCCGGCGACAGCGACGAGCCGCCGGUGCUCAUCACGCCCUGCAUGAGGGACCUCAUCAAGCUGGCCGGCGUCACCCUGGGCAAGAGGCGCGCCGUGCGGCGCCAGGCCAUCCGCCACCCCACGCGCAUCGACAAGGACAAGGGUCCCACCAAGGCCACCACCACCAAGCUGGUGUACCUCAUCUUCGACACCUUCUUCUCGGAGCAGAUCGAGAAGGACGAGGUGUGCCAGCAGCCCGAGUGUGGCAAGUGCAAGGCGUGCCAGAACAUGGUCAAGUUCGGGGGCAGUGGCCGCAGCAAGCAGGCGUGUCUGCAGAGGAGGUGUCCCAACCUGGCGGUGCGGGAGGCGGACGAGGACGAGGAGGUCGACGACAACAUCCCCGAGAUGCCCUCGCCCAAGAAGAUGCUCCAGGGCCGCAAGAAGAAGCAGAACAAGAGCCGGAUCUCCUGGGUUGGGGAGCCCAUCAAGAGUGACGGCAAGAAGGAUUAUUACCAACGCGUCUGCAUCGACUCCGAGACGCUGGAGGUGGGCGACUGCGUCUCCGUGAGCCCCGAUGACCCCACCAAGCCCCUCUACCUGGCCAGGGUGACGGCCAUGUGGGAGGACAGCAGUGGCCAGAUGUUCCACGCCCACUGGUUCUGCCCGGGCUCGGACACCGUCCUGGGGGCCACCUCGGACCCUCUGGAGCUGUUCCUGGUGGACGAGUGCGAGGACAUGCAGCUGUCCUACAUCCACGGCAAGGUCAACGUCAUCUACAAGGCGCCCUCGGACAACUGGGCCAUGGAGGGCGGGCUGGACACGGAGAUCAAGAUGGUGGAGGACGACGGGAGGACCUACUUCUACCAGAUGUGGUACGACCAGGAGUACGCGCGCUUCGAGAGCCCGCCCGGCGCGCAGCCCACCGAGGACAACAAGUACAAGUUCUGCAUGAGCUGCGCGCGCCUGGACGAGGUGAGGCACAAGGAGAUCCCCAAGGUGGCCGAGCCGCUGGAGGAGGCCGACGGCAAGAUGUUCUACGCCGUGGCCACCAAGAACGGCGUCCAGUACCGGGUCGGGGACGGCGUCUACCUGCUGCCGGACGCCUUCUCCUUCAGCGUGAAGCCGGCCAGCCCGGCCAAGAGGCCCAAGAAGGAGGCGGUGGACGAGGAGCUGCACCCCGAGCACUACCGGAAGUACUCGGAGUACAUCAAGGGCAGCAACCUGGACGCGCCCGACCCCUUCCGCGUGGGCCGCAUCAAGAGCAUCUUCUGCAGCCUGCGCGGCAACGGCAAACCCAACGAGGCCGACAUCAAGCUCGGCAUCUACAAGUUCUACAGGCCGGAGAACACGCACAAGUCCACCAAGGCCAGCUACCACGCCGACAUCAACCUCCUCUACUGGAGCGACGAGGAGGCCACCGUGGAGUUCCGGGCGGUCCAGGGCCGCUGCUCCGUGGUCUACGGCGAGGACCUGACCGAGAGCAUCCAGGACUACUCGGCCGGUGGCCUGGACCGCUUCUACUUCCUGGAGGCUUACAACGCCAAAACCAAGAGCUUUGAGGAUCCUCCCAACCACGCCCGGAGCGCCGGGAACAAAGGGAAGGGGAAGGGGAAAGGGAAAGGGAAGGGCAGAGGGAAGGCGGCGGGCGCCGAGCAGAGCGAGCGGGAGCCGGCCCAGCUGCAGGUGCCCAAGCUGAGGACGCUGGACGUGUUCUCCGGCUGUGGGGGCCUCUCCGAGGGCUUCCACCAGGCAGGGGUCUCGGAGACGCUCUGGGCCAUCGAGAUGUGGGAGCCGGCGGCGCAGGCGUUCCGGCUCAACAACCCCGGCACCACGGUGUUCACCGAGGACUGCAACGUGCUCCUCAAGCUGGUCAUGGCCGGCGAGAAAACCAAUUCCUUGGGCCAGAAGCUGCCCCAGAAGGGCGACGUGGAGAUGCUCUGCGGUGGCCCCCCGUGCCAGGGCUUCAGCGGCAUGAACCGCUUCAACUCCCGCACCUACUCCAAGUUCAAGAACUCCCUGGUGGUCUCCUUCCUCAGGGCGGGCUGUGUCCCCGGGGUGGGCUGUGUCCCUUGGGUGGGCUGUGUCCCCGGGGUGGGCUGUGUCCCCGGGGCGGGGCGGGCCCGUGCCCGGCUCGGUGUGGUGCCAGCGGGGCUGUGCCCGCAGGCCGGGCAGUACGGCGUGGCGCAGACGCGGCGCCGCGCCAUCGUGCUGGCGGCGGCGCCGGGCGAGAAGCUGCCCAUGUUCCCCGAGCCCCUGCACGUCUUCGCCCCCCGCGCCUGCCAGCUCAGCGUCGUGGUGGACGACAAGAAGUUCGUCAGCAACAUCACCCGGACGUACUCGGGCCCGUUCCGCACCAUCACGGUGCGGGACACGAUGUCGGACCUGCCGGAGAUCCGGAACGGCGCCUCGGCGCUGGAGAUCUCCUACAACGGCGAGCCCCAGUCGUGGUUCCAGCGCCAGAUCCGCGGCUCCCAGUACCAGCCCAUCCUCAGGGAUCACAUCUGCAAGGACAUGAGCGCGCUGGUGGCGGCGCGGAUGCGGCACAUCCCGCUGGCGCCCGGCUCCGACUGGCGGGACCUGCCCAACAUCGAGGUGCGGCUCUCGGACGGCACCACCACCCGCAAGCUGCGCUACACCCACCACGAGCGCAAGAACGGCCGCAGCAGCGCCGGCGCCCUGCGCGGCGUCUGCUCCUGCGCCGAAGGGAAGCCGUGCGACCCGGCCGACCGGCAGUUCAACACCCUCAUCCCGUGGUGCCUCCCGCACACCGGCAACCGGCACAACCACUGGGCCGGCCUCUACGGGCGCCUGGAGUGGGACGGCUUCUUCAGCACCACCGUCACCAACCCCGAGCCCAUGGGCAAGCAGGGCCGCGUGCUGCACCCCGAGCAGCACCGCGUGGUCAGCGUGCGCGAGUGCGCUCGCUCCCAGGGCUUCCCCGACACCUUCCGGCUCUUCGGGAACAUCCUGGACAAGCACAGACAGGUGGGCAAUGCGGUGCCGCCUCCCCUGGCCAAGGCCAUCGGGCUGGAGAUCAAGGCCUGCGCUGUGGCCAAAGCGCGCCAGGACACGGCCGGUCUCGCCGCGGUCCCGGUGCCUCCGGAGCCGUCGGGAGCGGCCGCCUGAGCCCGGCCAGAGCCGGGGGGGCCGGGGGGGCCUCGGCUCCGGGGCUGCUUCGCCUUCGCCUCUGCUUUCAGUUGCCUUUUGGUCUUUUUUCCCUUUUUUCUCCUUUUUUGGUUUUUUUUCCCCCUUUUUUCUUUUUUUUUUUUUCCUUUUUU